UAAAUUAUAUAAUUUCCACCAAAAUUUGUAAAUGACAAUGGCUGCAAGAUUGAGUCAAGUGAUUUCUUGCAACUUAAAAUCAAGACAAGAAGCUAAGUCUCCAUGUAAGAGAGGGAGAAGAGAAGUUCUUCUGCUUUCACCAACUCUUCUGGUUGCUGACUCCAAAACCGACCUUCUUGAUAAAUAUCUGAAGAAAUCCCAAGAAAACAAAGUCAAGAAUGACAAAGAGAGAUUGGAUAGCUAUUACAAACGAAACUACAAAGAUUAUUUUGGGUUAUUAGAGGGUGAUCUGAAGCAGAGGCAGAAGGAAGAUCUCUCAGAAACCGAGAAGGGCAUUCUUGAGUGGCUUGAGAAUAACAAUUGAUAUGGGUCCGGUGAUUCAAAUUGCAAUUUUUUUUUAGUGUUUUGUGUAAUUUAAUGAAAAAUAUGCUACAUUUGUAUUGAAUGUUUGUGAUUUAAAGAGCAAUUAUUAAUUUUUAAGACAA